CAAAAUAGGGAAAGAUAACUCUCAUCUACUUUCGGUUUUGUCUAUUGUACAUGGCUUCUUCCCACAUGUUGACAAUCGUAUGACGAAGUUGAAAUGAAGGGCGAAAAGAAAGAGAUGUCUACCAAAGUUCCAACAGAAUCUUCAAAGAAAAAGAGGAAGAGAGACCUGCUACAGGAUGAUGAGUCUAACACUCAGGAAGAAAUCUCUCUCUUUUCUACAGUUAACAAAGACGAUGAAAAAGAAACAGACAAUGUAGCCGCAAGUUCUGAAGAAAAUGACAGUAAUGCAGACAGUGAUAAUAGUGACAAUGAUGAAGAUUCAGAUGGAGAUGAAAGCAGCAGCCAAGAUGAGGAAUAUUUUGAAGAAAGUUCUGAGGAGGACAGUGAUGACAGUGGUCUUGACGAGGGAACAAGUCAAGAGUUUGGAAAUUCUGAAGAGAAUGGGAGCAACAGUGCCUCUGGAAAGACAGAUGAAUACGAGUAUGAUUCAUCAGAUGAAGAGGAUGUGAGGAACACGAUAGGAAACAUUCCUGUGCAGUGGUAUGAUGAUUAUCCACACAUCGGCUAUGACGUUCAGGGGAGGAAACUCAUCAAGCCGGUCCAGGGGGACGCACUGGAUGAGUUUCUGGAGAAAGCUGAUGAUCCGGACUAUUGGCGCACGGUAAAGAACAAACUGACUGGCCAGAAGGUUCGACUCAGUGAGGAGGAUGUGAAGCAGAUCAACAGAAUCCAGUCGUCGACUCAUCCCAUGGGGUCUGAGGGCCUCUACGAGCCGUGGGUUGACACUUUUACAAGCGAGGUGAUGGAGAUGCCAGUGACCGGCCGACCCCCAGACAAGCGAAGCUUCAUCCCGUCCUUGUGGGAGAAGCAAAGGGUUGGUCAAAUGGUUCAUGCGCUGAAGAUGGGUUGGAUGAAGCCACGAGGGGAGAUCAGGAAGAUGAAGCAAAACCGGGACCUAAAUGAACCGUCUCUAGACAUGUGGAAGGAGGACAAUGAGCCUGAGAUCACUAAGCGGUACAGAAUGCACAUCCCAGCACCGAAAGAACCGCUGCCCGGACACAUGGAGUCGUUCAACCCACCCGAGGAGUAUCUGCUGGAUGAGGAAGAGGAAGCAAAAUGGGACAGUCAGGAGCCAGAAGAUCGCCGUUUUGACUUCAAACCACAGAAGUUUGAGUCGUACCGGUCAGUGCCCAAGUAUAGCAGAUUCAUCAAUGAGAGAUUUUCUCGUCUGUUAGAUCUGUAUCUGGCUUCGAGACAGAGGAAGAUGAAGAUGAAUGUGAACCCUGAAGACUUGAUUCCCAAAAGACCCGACAAGAAAGAUCUACAACCUUAUCCUACAAAAGAGGCUAUGGUGUAUAAGGGUCACACAGAUAUGGUGCGGACUAUCUCACCUGACCCGUCAGGACAGUGGCUAGUCUCAGGUUCUGAUGACCAGACAGUCAAACUGUGGGAGGUCGCCACGGGACGCUGCAUGAAGACGCUGGACAUGGGUGGGAAGGUCACCGCUGUAUUGUGGAACCCGAACCGGACCGUGAACCUCAUAGCAGCUGUCGUGGGCUCAGAAGUGAUUCUCAUCAACCCUGGGCUGGGAGACAGACUGUUGUGCUCCAACACUGACAGCAUGCUGGAGAGCCACACAGAGACAGCGGAUGAUUCAGCAAAGAAAUCAGCUGUCACCUGGUCAAAAUAUGACAUCACAGAGAAAGACUCGGGAUUCCGGGUGAAAAUUUCCCAUUCUAAACCUGUGAUUCAAGUGACGUGGCAUGCCAAGGGAGAUUACUUUGCCUGCGUCCAACAGGACGGCAAAAGCCAGGCUGUGCUCAUACACCAGCUGUCUCGGAGACAGUCACAGGCCCCAUUCAGUAAACCCAAAGGCAUAGUCCAACGUGUGAUGUUCCACCCAGUCCAUCCGUACUUCUUUGUGGCGACCCAGCAACACAUCAAGGUGUAUAACCUGGUCAAACAGGAGCUCCACAAAAAGUUACAGGCCAACUGCAAGUACAUCUCUUCUCUGGAUGUCCAUCAUGGCGGUGACAACAUUCUGAUAGGUAGCUACGACAGUCGACUGUGCUGGUUUGAUCUGGACUUGUCCACAAAACCCUACCAGACACUCAAGUAUCACAAGAAGGCCGUGCGACAGGUGGCCUACCACACACAGUAUCCGCUGUUUGCCUCGGCUUCAGACGAUGGCUCCAUCAUUGUUAGUCAUGGCAAGGUGUUCAGUGACCAGCUUCUGAACCCUCUCAUUGUGACAGUCAAGGUUCUCCGGGGCCACAAGACCACCAACCAUCUGUCUGUCCUGGAUUGCAAGUUCCACCCAUUCCAGCCCUGGGUGUUCUCUAGUGGGGCAGACAGCACGAUUCGAUUGUAUGUUUGAUUGGAGGGGGCAAACACAGGACACACACACAAACACUGCACGAUUAGAGUACCGGUAAACGUGGCAUUGGGGCAAACACAGAACUCACAGAAAUACUAGACUACACGAUUAAUAAUAUGUACGUGGUAUUGAGGUAAACGCAGAGUACAGUGACACAGCUCUAUUAGAUUGUACAUGUGAUUAUAGGGAGAAGCACAGAACACAAUACGAUCUGACUGUAUGUUUUCUUUGGGACAAACGCAGAAAUCACAGUACAAUCAUAUUGUACACAUGAUUGGGAGAAACAAAGAGCAUGCAAAAUUCAGUACAAUCAGGUUGUGUACAUGAUUGAGAGAAAAGACAGUGUCAUCAUAGCAUUUCUGCACAUGAAUGCAAAGGGACUUUGAAUAAAUAUUAUAUGCAUUGUA